CUCAGUUUCAGUGUUUGAUCAAGUCUUAGUGCGAAUGCGACUACCAAUGGAUUACACCAGAGUAUUCCUGCUGUUCUGCCUCAGUGCAUUGAUGCUUUUCGGUGCUUCGAAGGCAGAUCCAGAAGCGGAAACGCAAGCUGCAGCUGAAGCAGGAACAGCCACGGAGCUUAGUCCCGUUCCGCUCUUGGAGGCUGGAGAAACUGACCAGCGCGAGGCGGGGGAUGAGAACGUUCGCAAGGUGCGCCAGUUCUUCGGUCCUCCACCCUUCUUUGGACCACCCCCACCGCCCUACUACGGAGGAUAUGGCGGCUAUGGCGGCUAUGGUGGCUACGGUGGUGGCUUCCAGCGUACUCGGGUCAUCACACGCACCCGCUAUCGCGGCAGAGGAGGCUACUACGGCGGCGGCUUCUAUGGCUAAGAGAGAUCGUCCGAUUGCGAUGCUGAUUU